UUCAGAAUUUCGUAUACAGGUGAUUGUAAAUUGCGUAAAUUGUUGACACUUUGAAAACUUUUCUGGAUCUUUGUGUCAAGGGCAGUAUUUAUUAUUUCUUCAGAACAAAUAAUGAAUUUUUUGGCCGUGUAAUGUGUUAUAAAAAUACUAAUUUCAGUGCAUAAACACUAAAAAUCUCAGAAAAUGGCUGGAAUUCGGGUGCAGCAAAAGUUGCUAACAAAUACCUUCAGAAAUUUUCACCGGGGUACAAUAUUUCGUGAAAAAAAAUCUACUGAAACAUUAAGCACUGCCUCUAAAAAUGUGGAACCGAAAAAAGAGGAAGAUACAAUUAAAUCUCCACUUGGUGCUGUGAUGUACAAAACAAAAACUUUGGAUAAAUAUUUACUUGUGUGGUUUAAAAAAUAUAAAUCUGUUGCCGAUGUGCCAUAUCAAAUUCGAGAGGAAACAAUGGCCCACAUACACAGCAAGAGUCGAAUUCGAAUUGCAAACGUUUUAAUGGUUUUAGGUCUCUUGGGCUGUGUUUGGGCCGUGUGGAGUGGCAAAAAAGAAGCCGCAAGUGGUGACAAUGUACAGAAAAGAAUUUUGGACAAGAACAAAAAACUCAGGGAGGAUUAUUUGGCAAAAUUAGAAAAGUCAAAGAGCACUUGAGUCUUAGCAAUGAAUUAUUGCACUUUGUAAUUUAUUUUUUCAGCUUGUAAAAAUGUAUAGCACAGUUAUAAGGAAAAACUCACCUAAUGAUAUAUAAAUAUGACAUAUACUUCUAAAAACAGACUUUUCAGCUCUCAGAAGAAGGAAAAUGUGAGAAAAAAUUCUUUUCAAUAAAAUUAAUGUUGGUAUAUUGUA